UUUCAAGGAAUUUGGACCUAUUGGAAGCUCCUACUACCCUAAUGCCAUGAAUAUUGAGGUGAACAAUGUGGAAGAAAAAGCUGUCCAUUCUUGGUCAAGAAUCUCUUCUGCAGGACAGAAAGCCCUGGAGGAAGCCCUCAGAGUCUUCAACCCCAUGUCCAAGGACCUUUCAGAUACCGAAACCCAGCUGGUGGCCUUUCUCCAAGGCCUCAAGGAGGAAGGCUACCAGCCCACCGUCUUAAGGAGCAAGGAUGUUUAUGGGUACAGCUCCUGCACAGCGGAUACUCCCAGCCAGACACAAGAGAGCACACGAGACAAUUCAAACACAGGCGCUGCUGUCUCUGACUGUACGAAAGCGCCGGUUAGAAGCCCUGCCGUGACAGCCGAGGUGCCUGGGACACUUGCGGAGGUUUCAGUCAGCUCUCCUAGCGUUCGCACCAAGCCUGUCUCUAAAGGGAGUGCCACAAACCUGCUGCUCAACUCCUUGAAAGAGACACGGUCAGGCACAUCGAAGGCCUCAGCAAUGGGCUUCCCAGCUAAUAUGUACCCUGACGUGUAUCCAGCCAUGAGACUCUCUGUCGUUCUGGAAGCCUUGGUCCCACUGAAAGCCACAGCAUCCUGUUUGGAGUCCAAAUACAAACAGGGGCAUCUUGGAAUCUCCCCCUCGGACCUGAAGCUUCUCAAGGCAUCGGGUGCCUCGAGGCAGAACACUAAGCUACCCUCAGGGCAGUUCGACCCCAAAGACUAUAAACACGUAGUUAAGAAAGCGCCAGAUUCUCCCGCUCUAGCUGUAACGCUUCUGAAGGGAACGAAAGGUGGGGUGCUAAAGGAGAGUAAUGGUUGCAAAGCAUCUGGAAUCCUGAAUGGUAGGAUUACAGGCAGCUCAUCUCAGUGUUGCAGUGGGGGGUCACAAGCCAAGGCCUUUAAAAAUAAAGCCAAGGAAGUUCCGAUGGGGAGAACUGAAUGGAAAGACAGCAGUAGUCAGGAGACUGUUGGGCAGAAAAGGAAACGAGCCGAGGAGGUGAAAGAAGCACCACAGAAGAAGAAGAAAAAUGCCAUGAAUAAACCUGAACUAGGUCAGAGCACUUUGAACCUGCUGAGAUCCCGGGCCAUUAAGGUGGACAGCUCGUCGUCAGACGAUGAAGUGAGGAGGAGAGCACAGAAGAUCCUUAGGGUUAACCUGUCCCCUGUGAUCAGCAUCCAGCCAUUGUCCCCCUCUCACAGUGUCCCCUGAGUUCCUUCCUUUUGUCACUUUUCUCUUCAAUACAGAAGUGUGAACCAGCUGCCAGGCUGUGGAGAUGUGUAAGAGACACUUUCAUUCUCUAGUGUCCGGCAACAGUAUCACAGCUGGUACCUGCAGACUUUGGGCAGCUUGCUCCACGGCUGUUGCUGGCUGCCUGGCAACAUUCUGCAGAGUUGGACUGCGCGAGUACAAAACCGUGUUUAGAAAUACAGGACAACGACUCCCAGGACAAAGCCUCCCAGCCCCCGUGGUGAGCUGAGCGAAGCCAGGUGCUAGUGUUCUGUGCUGUGCUUUUCUGAACGUGCUGGAGCGUAUGUCUGUGCAGUGGGGAGCGCGUGACUUUCUCCUGACGUUCAUGCACUGUGAUAUUUUGCUCUUUUUCAAGCUGUACGUUUCUUGGUUUUAUUUUGAUCAAAUUUUAUAACUUUAUUCUAUAUCUAUAUAUCUACACACACACAAUGCCCUGGCACUGUCUGAAGACACGUCUCCUCCGCCCCUCUGGAGCUGGGUUUGCCCUUCAGUCAGUCUUUUGUCGAAAGGUGCCCGGGUUUCUUUCCCAUCGUCAGUGUUGUUACCUGUCUGUUCUGGGCUCUCUUGAGAAGCUCAGAAGCAGGCAGAAUUAUAGCCACACAUUUGUCUCUGGAAACACCAUGCCAGAUGGAGACUUACCAGCUCGUAGCUGAGUUUAGGUCUAUCCUGUUCAGGUGACCUCGGCAAAGAAAAUGGAAAGUAGGGGAGGGCUGAUUGGGCUGUUAGCUCUGAGUCUGUCUGAUGGCUCUCUGGGUGCUGCCCCCUUUCGCUAUUAGCAGAAAUGCUAAAUGCUUCCUGUGGGUUUGCUUCCAAAGAGCGCCGGGGGAAAGGUGCUGUCAUGCCCCAUCUGUUAACUUAAGAAAUGAAUUUGUGGCUGGUUGUCGACCCAAGAUCUGGGGCUGCCAAUCAGCGGAUACUUAAUAUUUCCUGGCCAGACCGUCCUCACUUGAGUGCCGCUGAACAUUCCAGUGACUUGCGGGUUAGGUCGAGAACUCGCCCACUGUGAUUCUGAAUGUAUCGAGUGUUGCUAACGUUCUGCUGGCUCCAGGGGAUGAGAACCAGAGCACAGCAGCAGCAGGUUCAUCAAACGAGUUUCCAGCAAUGUUUUAACAUUUCAAGAGAAUAAGGUAUUAGUUUCUGGGGAGUGGUUUGCGCGGGGUUAAGCCACUGUAUAUUUAUUUCUCAUCCUGGAUUUCAGAUUUGCCAGCUCUUCUGGGAUUUUAGGGUGAUGAUCUGCUGCAGGGUAUAAAAUCUUUCUCUGCU